UGCCGUAGUGGGCGGUGGUAUUUUCUUUCACUCCACUGAGGGGAAGCGGCGUUGAAACUCCACGAUUACACAAGUACACCGGAGACUCUCGGGCGAAGAAGGGGUCUUGGUUGCAGUUCACCACCAUGACUGAAAGCUCCACAAGUAAAUUGUUAAAUGGAGAUACUUGUCACCGAACCGCCAACGGAAAGAAGGCCGUUAGAAACGGAUUCGUGAAGAACCACUGUAUUUUCCGACAGCAGCAGCUGCAGAAGUACCGCCGCCCGAAUGAGAAGAGCCACCAUGUCUCCCGAAAUGCUGCACUGUACAACAAGCCGUUCAUGGAGUCCUUCGAGGAGACCCCUCUCCUGGUGGCCGUCCUCACCUACAUGGGCUACGGGAUCCUCACCAUUUUUGGGUACCUCCGUGACUUCCUCAGGGACUGGAAAAUCGAGAAGUGCCACAUUGCCAGGGAACGUGAGGAGCAGAAGGACUUUGUUCCUCUGUAUCAGGACUUUGAGAACUUCUACACCCGAAAUUUAUACAUGAGGAUCCGGGACAACUGGAACCGACCCAUCAGCAGUGUCCCGGGAGCCCGAAUGGACCUGGUAGAGCGCGUUACCCCGGACUACAACUGGACCUUUGAACACACAGGCAAGGUAAAUAAGGAUGUCAUCAACAUGGGCUCGUAUAAUUACCUCGGCUUUGCUGAGAACACAGGCAUGUGUGCGGACGCAGCCACCGAGGCCACCCUGCAGUACGGCGUGGGAGUCACCAGCACCCGUCAAGAAAUGGGGAACCUGGACAAACAUGAGGAGCUGGAGAACCUGGUUGCCAGUUUCCUGGGCGUCGAGGCCUCCAUGGUUUUCGGAAUGGGCUUUGCCACAAACUCGAUGAAUAUUCCUGCUUUGACAGGCAAAGGUUGUUUGAUUCUGAGUGAUGAGUUGAACCAUGCCUCUCUGGUGCUCGGGGCAAGGCUGUCUGGAUCCACCAUCCGCGUCUUCAAACACAACAAUAUGCAGAGUCUUGAGAAACUCCUGCGAGACGCCAUAGUACAUGGGCAGCCCCGAACGCACCGUCCCUGGAAGAAAAUUCUCAUCCUGGUAGAGGGGAUUUACAGUAUGGAGGGCUCCAUUGUUCGACUGCCUGAAGUGAUUGCACUGAAGAAGAAAUACAAGGCCUAUCUGUACCUGGACGAGGCCCACAGCAUUGGGGCGCUAGGACCCAGGGGCAGGGGCGUGGUGGACUACUUUGGUUUGGACCCGCGGGACGUGGACAUCAUGAUGGGGACCUUUACGAAGAGCUUUGGAGCAGCUGGUGGCUACAUUGGUGGGAAAAAGGAGCUGAUUGAUUACCUGCGCGCGCACUCCCACAGUGCAGUCUAUGCUGCCUCCAUGUCUCCGCCAGUCGCCCAACAGAUCAUCACUUCUAUGAAGUGCAUUAUGGGAGAAGAUGGCACCAAUCUUGGUCUGGACCGUCUCCGGCAGCUCUCGGAGAACACCACUUAUUUCCGGCGGCGGCUCCAGGAGUUGGGCUUCAUCAUCUACGGAAAUGAAGCCUCCCCGGUGGUGCCCCUGAUGCUCUACAUGCCUGCCAAAAUUGGUGCGUUUGGCCGGGAGAUGCUGAAGAGGAACAUUGGCACAGUGGUGGUGGGCUUCCCAGCCACCCCAAUCAUCGAGUCGCGGGCACGUUUCUGUGUCUCGGCUGCGCACACCAGAGGGAUGCUGGACACGGCGUUAAACGCCAUCAACGAAGUGGGGGAUCUGCUCCAGUUGAAAUACUCACGACACGGGAGGCAGUCUCCUCUCGAGGAGGCCACGUCGUUCCUGGAGAGCCUGGAAUGAUGCUAGAAAGACGACACGACACAACACAGCGAGACGAGGCGCAACCAUCCACUACUAAACUGUAGGCGUUCACGUCCAGAGUUGUCCCCACCCUUGGUGUCUUGUCUUUGUUUUUUUUAAGUUGUAUCUGUCACAAGUUUGUUACUUUAUUCUUUGUGUUGCCAGGCUGCGUGGGAUGAGUGGCUCUCAUCACUCAAUGAGAACUUUUGUCUGUUCUUGUUUGUUGUUUUUGUUUGUUUGUUUGUUUGUUUAUGGUAUGACUGGAAAGGAUUUAUAUUAAUAUCAUCACAAGAGAAUGAUAUAAAAAGAAGAUUCUCAGGAUUGUUAGCAACAGUAUAGCAUUUCAGAGAAAAGCCUGUACACCUCCUGUUGUGUAGUCCUUCACGUUCACAUUGUAUUCCUACUGCAUUUCAUGAGUCCAACUUCACAGUUUUGUGUAAACAGGGAUUUGUUUGUUAUGAUGGGCAUCAUGACUCUAAUCAAAUUGUCAUGAACCUGGAGCACGAAUGACUAAUGUUUACAGCCCUCAAAAACCACAAACGGAAGAAACUUGUUGCAUUUUUAUUAUUUUUGCUUUGUAAACAUUUAUUCCAUUGAAGCCUAUCAGAAAAUGUUCUUGUGCACUGUGAUGUAGUCCGAAUCUUAACUUUCUUCCCAUACUGUAAGUGUUUACUCUUUGGCAUUGACCUUGAACUUGCGAUUGCCUUCUACUACUUGACCUUGUUGCCGAGGCAACCCCCAGAGCAUGCGUGUCUGUCGGGCUUUCUGUAUGAUUUCACUUGUCCACUUUCACAUCAGAUGUUUGAAAGAUGGGGAGCUGAGAGUAAUGACAGACAUUCUUCUUAUCACAGCUGAAAGCAUACAGUUAGCUAUGAGGGAUAUGGGCUUAUUGUGUUUUAUUUUUAUUUAAAGUCUUAAUGCCUUCUUUUAAAAGAAAAAAAUACUUUUGCACUCUUCAAAUGAUAACGCUGUGUAUAUGCCAUUUGUCAGUUCUGCAGAGAUAUCUUGGGCUUCACUAAUUACAUGUUAAGCUUUUGCGGUCCUCUUUGAAGAGGCGAUUAGGAAGCGUUGACGUCAAUAUGACACGCUCCCCUCUGAACAUAUGACGAUACUGCAUGGAUGAAAUGCUUGUCCGAUGUACAGAUAAUCCUUUAAUUUAUUGAUUGAGGUUUUUAGAGUUGUCGUCUGCCACUCUGUUCCGUUCUCUGACACACUUGUUCUUAAUCUCCCUAAGGCAGCUCUGAAAGUUUGCGUUAGCGGUGCGCGUACUACUGAGGAGCAGUCAGACAGGCGUGGAUGACGUAGUCGCUGAAGCGACUAGUUUCAGUGUCACUGUGGACCUUAAUGCUACUGUGCUGUUAUUGUUUUCUAAAGAAUACCAAAGGGCAUUCCAGAAUCUUUUACUGGUUUUGUUGUCUUUUUUUACCAGCAACUUCAAUUUUCACUGUUUCCAUAAGCUGAGCGGCCAAUCAGACCUAUGGCUAAAGCUACAUGUUUUGUUUCCAUAACUGUGAUUUAAUUUGUUCAAUAUUACCUCAUUAAACACUAUUUGUACCAAAAUGACAAGUAAAUUAAAAACAUUUAAAUCUUAAA